AUGCUCCGCACGGACGGCAGCAUCAAUGCAACGGCGCGUAUCCAGCUCAUGACCGAGCCGCCGUCAACGCUGUCUCCGAGUGACGCGAACUUGCUCGACACGCUCAUCGCGACCUUAGUCAACGCGACCAAGACAUCGCCGCCAUCGAACGCCACGACGAUCCAAGUACCACACAAGACGAUCGUUGAAAACAGCGUGCUUACGCCCACGGCGCCGACAGCUGCGACAGAGUCCAGCGGCGGUAUGCCAACGACGACGGCGAUACUCGUGGGCGUUGCCAUUGGCGUCGGCGGGUGCGCUUUCAUUGUGCUGGCGUUCCUUUUACACCGGCGCCGCCAGUCGACGCUCGAGACACCCAAGCCGGAUGAGAUGAUGAAUGUCGCGAGCCCGCCGCUGCCGACGUACGAGGCGCAGGAAACCUCGCGCGUCUCGGGCGUGCUCUUCUACAUGCCGGGGCGGCGGCGGUCCAGUGUCCAGACGCCAGACGUCCGCGAGUCGUCCGUGCACGCUCUUCCCACGGGCUUUCAGCGGCCAGGUCUGCGCCUCGACACGAUCACACACGGUGAAGAGUCGGAGAGCAUGUCGACGCUCUUUGCGACAACAACGUCAGUGCGCAGCGUAAUGAGCUACUCGAACGGGUCGCCCAACUACCUCUCGCCGGUCCACGGCUCGACGGGCACGGCCUGCGCGUCGACGGCGCAGUCAACCAACGGCUUCUUCAUCGCGCGCGACGGCGACUCGUUCACGGACGCGCGCGAGUUUCAAUCGAUUCUUACGCGCCCGACCAUGGACUCGGUGGGGUCCUCGAUGUUUACCCCCCGCGGCGCCCCGCCGGCACCGACUACGAUGGAGCCCUAG